AUGCUACUACUGGCUGGAGUGCAAUCAGCAGGUGUACUCUUGGGACCCCCACCAGUGCUACAACUACACGACCGUUCAUUUCAGCCCCCGGAUAUUCUGACUUUCGUCCUCUCCACCACCUGCUGGAAAAUUUUGGUGUCUGUUACCGCCCUCGUCCUUCCGUGGUUGUAUACUCGAAGGGGCUUCGUGAGCCGAAAGCUCAACACCAUUCUCGGUGUUUCAAUCUUCGUACUUUACUUUGUCACCUCCAUCUUCUGGCUAGCUUGCUUUGCUGGUGUCGUCGCUGAGCUCGGUGGCGGGAGCUGGCUUGACAUCGUAAAUGCUGUCAUUGCCUUUCCGUUCUCCUCUGGUAGACCUUCCCGACUCAACUUCACUCCUUCACUCCUUAUGCUAAUGAACACCCGCUACUCCUAG